AGUUCAUGCUUGCCUCCAGACCAGUAGUGGUCCCUAACGACUACACUCAGAUUUCGCUCUCAAACCCUUUAAGCAGACCUGCGAGACUAGACUAACGACAACAGCAGGAAAUCAACAACCGUAUUGGUAGCUAAAACGUUAAAUAGUGCAACGCUAGUUGUCAGUUUUUUGUGUUUGGUGGAGUAUUAUUAGAGUACCUUUGCUGUUUUUGUUUUGGCAGAUCACCAGAGGCGGAGAAAAUGGCUGACAUAAUAACAACUGAAUAUGAUGAUGGCUCUGUCGAUGAUUUCAUUCAAUGCGGAUUUUGCAACAAAAGUAUCAGGGGUGACACCCAAUACAGAAUUCACCUGACUACAAGUCAGCAUUUGAAGAAAGUGGAGACCAUGAGUCCUGUUGAAAUUCCAGUUUGGGAGAGCUUCGUGGAUUACUUGGACUACCUGAAACUUGAUGAGCCAAUCAUUGGUUUGAGCUAUCUAGAGCAGAUGGAAGCACAAACACUUGGUAAUGGCGAAAUACGGCUAAAAUACAAGUGCAAGCUGUGUAAUUUAGAGGCAGACUUGCCUGCAAUGGCCAGCCAUGUGGUGGGGCGAAAGCACCGGCAGAAGUUUCUGGAAUUGCAAAGGCCUGAUUUGGUAACUUGGAACAAGUAUUCUAUCAACCAGCAGGGAAAGAUGGUAAGGGCCAAAGCAGAAGUUGUAGAGAGACAAGAAGGCCGUGGAAAACCUGCGGAAUUGCCUCGCAGACAAAGAAAUUCCAGAUCGAAUGGUCCUCAGAGAGCUAAAGCACCCCCAAAUCCCAGAUUACCAAACCAGAGACAGCACAUGGGCAUCUCACCACAGGGCUUCCCAGAAGACCCUCAUUACCAAGGAAAACAUGUUGACGAUGGUUAUUAUCCAGCAAGAACUUAUGGAAGCGAUGAUGGUUAUCCUGAAGAUGCUUCCGUUCAACGUAACUACGAAGAUGACCAUUUUAGAGCUUCUUUCCCCGAGGGUGGUGACUAUGGGCAACGGUAUCCCAAAGAUACCCGCCAUGAGGAGUCUUACUCAGAAGAUGGCAUCCGUAGAAGGCCCUUAACGGAUGAGCCUCCAAGGCACGACGGUGACCGCUAUGAGCCAUCUUUCUAUGAAGAUCCUCGAGCAGGGCAAGAACCAGUGGAUGACCAUUCUGAUAUACCCUACCCAGAAGAGGUGCACCAUCAACGUCCCUACGGAGAUGAUCACCACUCUGAUAUACCCUACCCAGACAGGGACCAUCCUCACCGUCACUAUGAGGACCCUCAUACCCGGGCGUACCAGGAAGAAAAGACUGCUAGCCAGCACCCUGCUGACAGUCUUGGUGGUCGGCUGUACUCUGAGAGAGACCCCAGUGGACAUUCGUAUACCCAGGUUGACCGUCAUCAGCCUGCCCACACUGAGGUCUAUGAGCAGGCCUAUCAUGAAGAGGGUGCCUAUGACAGACGUGUCAAGGAACACCUCAAAAAGGAUCCAUACAGUCGUUCCUACGCAGAAGUUGAUUCUCCUGAUUGGCACCCAAAAGUAGACACAGAUCGUCGUUUCCAAGGUCGUGCUGACAGUGAGCAGUACUCUGAACGUGGUUUUCAACCGCAUCACAGCGGUGAAGAUGACCGGAGAGAGAGGAUUUUCACAGGCUCUGACACAAAGGAGAGGAAUAGGGGUGAUGAAGCCAGGUAUGAUAGUGGGAUGCCUCAAUCUGGAAUAGAGAGAGACUGGGUAGGAGUAAGAGGACCACCACCACGGGCUAAUGAGACGAAGAGGAGGCCCUAUCCAGAUUUCCCCCAGCAUCAAGGAGCUACACACCAGGAGGCGAUACCUACCAAAAAGAGGAAGAGCAGGUUCUCCAAUUGCACAGAAGCUGAGAGAGAACUGCUGCAAAAAUAUCAAAUUGCACAAGCUGUUUCUGAGAGAAUUGUUCGGAAUCCACCUUUGAAAGUUCAGAAGCGUCCUGAAAGUGUGACGUCGAGGGAGGAUUACAGGGAGCAUUACAGGGAGCGCGGAGAAGUUGAACAAGAUCCUGGGAAUGUUAUGGAUGUCCUUAAAGAUGUCCAGAUUGAAAGUGUGGAAGAAGCCAAUUUUCUGAAGAAUAAACUUUGUUCGCUGCUGAAGGAGUUUCAGGCUAAUAAAUCAGAUAGGAGAGGGGAUCAGGCUCCCCCAAUGGAUUCCGUAGAUUACGGCCAGCCAAGGAGGGAGAUUCAGGAACGGCCACCGACUAAUGAAUAUAGCCGCCAUGUGAGAGAAAUGCCAGCUGUGGGACAUGCUCAUGAAGACUUCCGCCAAGUCUCCCCAGAACGUUAUGAUAGAAGGUCCCAUGAACGGGAACGGCCCCGUUCAAGAGGAGAACCUUCUAGGCCUGCUGAGAUAUUUGACUACUCACGAGACGACUUUCACAGAGGGGGAUAUCAGUCAUCUCCGCAAGACAGCUCGUUUAGGCUCAGUGAAGGUUCACGGCGGUCCUAUUAUGACAAUCCACCUGAGGAGGACCCCCGUGACUUUCGCCCUCACUCUGUCCGGACCCGCUAUGAAGAGGACAGAAGAAACCCUCCCUCCAGCCUUGACAAAAUCGCCUCUACGCUUCUUCAGCUUGUGGCUCACAAAUGAGAGUGUUUCUGUGUCUAAUUGUUUUUUAUUAUUUUUUUAACGGAUAAAUACUUUUUCAGUUGGUGGUUGCACACAAUACUGUAUGGUUAACUGCACAUUUCUUGCAACCACAUUAAACCACAUUUGAUGGCUAAGAUUUCAUCAGUCAA